UCUUCUGAAGGUUAGAUGAUGGAGAUUCAAAGUUCUCGUAAGAACAUCAUCUUCAUCUCUAUGCUUUUCGUGUCAUGUUUCUCAGCCAUCUUCUACUUGUACCACACAUCAACACUAAACUGGCUACAGGGUCCAACAUUUCAACUUUACAAACAUGAUGCCUGGAUCAAUGCUUUUCAAGCGUCAAGUCAACAAGUAAACAACAACAACACUGUUACUGUAAACCAACCUUUAAUAGAAAACAAAAAACACACAACACAAACACAAGUGAAUCAAACAGAGACCCUCCUGCUGAUCUGGAUGUGGCCCUUUGGGAAACGCUUUGAUUUAGGAUCUUGUAGUUCAGUCUUCAGAUUAGAGGGUUGCCGGUUAACUGAUGACAGAAAUCUGUUUAGUAAAGCACACGGCGUCUUGUUUCAUCACGGAAACAUGGACGGUGAUUUAUCAAAUAUGCCGAAUCAAACUCGACCUUCCUUUCAGAAAUGGAUCUGGAUGAACAUGGAGUCUCCGAGUAACUCACCACGGUAUUCUUAUCUGAACGAUCUGUUUAACCUGACUGUGACUUACAGACGAGAUUCUGACCUCAUGAUCCCAUACGGACGAAUCUCACUGAAAAACAGCCUGGACAGAUUUCAAAUACCACACAAGAAGAAAUUAGUCUGCUGGAUCGUAAGCAACUGGAAACCAGAAUACGAGCGCUCAAAAUAUUUUCUCAACUUAAAGAAACACAUCAAUGUGGAAACCUAUGGUGAUGCUUUUAAUAGACGCAUAACCAAUGAAGACUAUUCAGAGCUGGUGUCUAGCUGUAAAUUUUAUCUGUCUUUUGAGAACUCCAUUCAUCAAGAUUACAUCACAGAGAAACUCUUUAACCCCAUGGCCGUUGGCACCGUACCUGUGGUUCUUGGCCCAUCCAGAAAAAACUACGAGAAAUUUAUACCGGGCAGUGCUUUUAUACACGUGAACGACUUCAAAUCUGCUCAAGACCUCGCUGCACAUCUAAAGUAUCUGGAUAAAAACAAAGAGAUGUACAUGAAGUAUUUUAUCUGGAGAGAGAGGUUUGUUGUGAGCAGAACCGACUUUGGUCUUGAACACGCCUGUCUGUCCUGCGAUUAUAUCAGAAGAAACAGAAACUACAGAGUGAGGAAUGAUCUCAUGAGCUGGUUCUGGGAUCUUUAA